UCCUUGUCUCCGGUGUCAAACUUGACAUCAGCGCUCGCGCCGAGAAUGGUAACUGGCUGCGCGGCGGAGAGCUCACUCACGUCGGUGGCAUGCUUCAUGGAGUUAUGUACUUUUCUUUACCCGCUCAGCUGCCGUCAUGGGUUGCACGCGCUUCCUAACCCUUGCGCUCCUUCUCUUCAUGCUGGUUUCCUGCGCUGAAUUCAUCGUUUAUCCGGCUAAUGAAGUUAACCUGUUGGAUUCCAAAGCAAGCCAAGGGGAGCUGGGAUGGAUAUCAUAUCCACCACAUGGGUGGGAAGAGAUCAGUGGUGUGGAUGAGCACUACACACCGAUUCGGACCUUCCAGGUGUGCAAUGUGAUGGAGUACAGCCAGAACAACUGGCUGAGAACCAACUGGAUCCCUCGCAGUUCUGCUCAGAAGAUCUAUGUGGAGCUCAAGUUCACUCUGAGAGACUGCAACAGCAUCCCACUGGUGCUGGGAACCUGCAAAGAAACCUUCAACUUGCACUACCUGGAGACAGACGAGGACCAGGGCAGUAAGUUCCGUGAGCACCAGUUCUCAAAAAUAGACACCAUAGCGGCCGAUGAGAGCUUUACUCAGAUGGACUUGGGGGACCGCAUUCUUAAACUCAACACAGAAGUGCGAGAAGUAGGUCCAGUCACUAAGAAAGGCUUUUACCUGGCCUUCCAAGAUGUGGGGGCUUGUGUGGCCCUGGUGUCAGUGCGGGUGUACUUUAAGAAAUGCCCUUUCACUGUGCGGAACCUGGCCAUGUUUCCUGACACAGUGCCCAUGGACACUCAGUCAUUAGUGGAGGUGAGGGGCUCCUGCGUCAACAACUCCAAGGAAGAGGACCCUCCCAAAAUGUACUGUAGCACUGAGGGAGAGUGGCUAGUACCCAUCGGGAAAUGUUUGUGUAACAUUGGUUAUGAGGACCGGGGUGUCACCUGCCAAGAUUCGUCGGCAGUGCAUCGGGACAUUCUGAGCUGACGUGAAUGUACGGCCUGUUACGAUAAUGAAACAGAGUACUAAAAUCUGUAUUAAAGUCUUAACAAUAAUUUGAUCUUAAAACAGCAAAUAAAAAGACUAUGCGAUCCGGAUGUCUGUCUGCUUUCUGAGCUUCCCAUGUUCGCAGCUGCCACAGGGCUCCUUUGAGAGCCACAGUGGUUUACAUUCCUCCUGGCUUUACCAGGAUAUACAAUCCCCGUGCUCACUAUCCCUGAUUAGUUAUCAGAUCUUAUUAAUGCUGCUCUAGAAAGUGCAAUGGGUAUUUUAACAAGCCCUAAAGCCUUGCUGAAUGAAAGACACUGCUCCGGAGAACUGUGUUUAGUGCACACUGACCCUAUUCUUACAUUUCCACAGUGGGGCAGUCCAUGCACUUUAGGUCUAGGCCUUCAGUGAGGUCUGUGUCACUAAGAAAACAAUUUUGGAUAGAAUGGAUCACAGUGUGGACAUCAUACAUUACAGAGCCUUAAUGCGUAACAGCCUUAAAAUAGUAAGAGAAUACUGGUCUUUAACAACCGCACCACACGUAGGCAUUAAUAAAAGAUUUGCAAUAACUAUUAGGAAAUCCUAUUUCUAUUCAAAGGACCAAAACACCACACAGAUAUCCACAUGGUAUUGUCAUUUUAAAUUACCAAUGAACCCCUAAGAAAACCCAUAACACUGUAGUAUAUUUGUUUUAAACCAACUUUUUUUUUUUUUUUUCAGAUUUGCAGUUAGUAAGAAGGUACAACGGUACUCAAAAUCUAAGAAAUGUUAGGGCGACUUAACCUAAUAUACAUAAAUAGUUAGUGUAUGCUAGAUUUGGUUAAACCUCACUCAAGAGAGUAUUUACUAAAAAAGGUAGAUGCAAGUUGCUGUCUAAAUUUUUUUUGGUAAAUGUUAUAACCAUAACUUUUAUUAGCGUAUGUAUCAAUAUGAAAAAAUUGUAACACUAAUUACUAAUGACCUAUUGAUGGGUCAGUGCUAAUGAUGGUGCUGAUCUAAAUUCCAAACUGGUUUCUUUUUUUCAUUAAAAUCUGUCCUCAAAAUGGCAUCGCCAGGGGCCUUGUGAUGAAAUCCAGCUGUCCUCCUUCUGCCAUUGUAGCACGUUGAUGUAUUUCAUUUUUGUUUUAAUAGACACACUAAUAUGUGUAGGUUGUUGGCCUAUUUUCUGAAUUUCACAGCUCACAAUCACAGCAUUAGAUUUAUAUACAUACAGUGUGUGCAUAAAAAGUGUGAUUGGCAAAAAGAAUAAGCACCCACUGCAUACAAAUAUGACUGGCUGGGAGAAUAUGACCACCUUCUGAUAGUCUUAAGCAGUAGACCUCACACUCAAACCUGGAAAAAUUAGAGAACAAAUUCCAAUUGGAUUAAACCUCCUCUACCAUUUUCCUUUCACUGACAAAACCUUUACACAGGAACAGAACGGAGAAAGGGAAAUGACUGAGAAUAGACAUAUGAACACAAAAAGUCCACCAGUGCAUUUCAGGGAGAUCUGAGUGCUCGUCUUGUUUGUGUGAUGCUCUGUCUCAGGCUCAGGGUCCCAUUUCUGCCCUAAUUUAAUCCCUCUGUUUCCCUGCAUGUCUAAAAUGAGUAUUUCUUCUGCUCCCACUGAUGGGACUGAAUUUUUUUGCACGUCAUUAUAUGUCCAUUUAAGAGAAGCAGUUCUCCUUUAAAUGCCCCUUUGUGUAUAUAUAAAACAGAUGCUUCAUUUGAACAUUCUAAUGGAUUUCCUUCUGAAUGUUUGAGGAUUGCUACAGUGAUAUGUGGAGCAAAGAGGAAUUUAGCUCCUUUGUAAGAAGCAUGAGCAUCCUUGAAGUCAAUAAAAGCUUAAAUCAAAUACAGCUCCAAAUCAAACUCCUAUUAAAAUCAAGCCUAUCUCUCUUUAAUCGUUUUAUAGUACUGGCCACUCUCUGAAAAGGCACAGGUGUUGUUACUGUAAGGUGUAUUGUUUUAUUGCAGUGUAAAAAUAAAUAAAAAUGUCCUGCAUUUUCCGUCCUGUAUUUUAUACACUGGAUAUUCCAAAUAACCUGCUGAAGGCAGGCCAGUAUAACCUAUUGUAGCCAUUUGACAUUCUCGUAUAACAUGUAACAGUAGCAAUAGCCACAGUAAAUAAGGCCAGAGGUCGUCUGAGGAGAGUCACUAGACAGAAUGUUUGCUUGAUUAAUCUGCGCAUUGCUGCUGAUGUGCUGUGAGGUGGUUGUGGUGGUAAUGUUCUGCCUUGGCGGCUGACGGUCCUAGCCAGAGGAUCAAAGCCUGGUUUUGCAUGCCUAGGCAUCGGUCGCAUGCCACAUGUUUUCUAUCACUCUCCACCCUUCCUCUAAAUGCUUUCCCUUGUGUUUCCCCCUCAUACAACCUUGCAGGGCUCAUGUACAUUGUCAAGACAUUGCUUCAUGUCACCCCACUGCUGAUGGUCCAAAUCAUUGCUCCCAAACAAUGGCAAAGCCACGGAAUGGCCAAAGUGCUCCCACAUGGAAUGAAAAACUGAGUGUGAACUGUUCUGCUUUUUGGAGUGGUAGUGCUUUCAGGUUUCAUUCAUAUUAAGGACUCUGCUGGGGCCAUUUACAAUAAUGAGAAGACCAAAUGAGGCUUCUGACUAAGUCUGCUUUUGCUCAGAUCUGAGAGAGAAUUGAGAAACAAAUAUUCACCUAGCUUAUUAAGAAAUGCACUGCUUACUAUCACUUCCUAGUCAAGGUAAAUACCAUACAUAGAAAAUGGCAAGAAAUAAACUGCAAUUUAAACUUCCUUGUGUGUUUUUGAUUUGCACAUGUACUGAGUGAUUAAACAGAAAGCUAGGUUUGAGUGUACAUUUAACUGGAAACUGUAAGAACACAUGUUUAACUGUCAAACACCGGAGUUUCAUUUUGGCAUCACUGGCUGGUUUGUUUUCUGUUCAUACUUUGUUGGUUUUUAUGACACAUACUUGCACCCUUACAGUAAAUUAUCUUGAAGUUAAGCCAUGACUGAGCCGUGACUAAGAAAAUUCUGUGUGUGUGUCUGUGUGUGUGUGUGUGUGUGUGUGUGUUUCUUGUGUGCAUGUUUUAUGUGGCAUACCAGAAUUGGAAUAAAUAUAGUUUGUUGGCUAGUGAUAAUGACGCCAACGUUUGUUUAUGGUGUACUUAAUUUUGAGCACCAGCUCUCAGGAUUGCAACAUUGAUCUCCUCCCCUGUUGGAACAAGUGGAAAGCAUUUUAAAGAGUUGCUACAAACAUUUACACUGACCUGCUGAGCAGCACAGAAAAAGGUUGUUCUGGAUGUAAGUUUCCUUGUUUUCAGUUUGUUUGCUGAGCUAGCUUAUUAGGAAUGCUGUGUCAGUUUAUUAGCUGCCUUUGCCAGAUGAAAACAGAGUUGAUCCAGUCUCCCAUGCCCCUUGAGUGUUGAGUUUGCUGGCAAUUAGCUGGAGUCGGGGAGAAGACAGGGCUUGUGUGCUGUAGGGAGCAGUGGAGUAGUUCUAGGGUUUACUCACCUCACAGUAACUGCGGUGCUGCAGGCUCCCUCUGCCCCAGUAAAUAGGCUCUGAAUAAUCAGGCUUUGACUCAUGGCCUUGGAUGUAAGUUUUUUCUGUCUUUCCUUCGUAUGGUAAUAGUUUGACACCUUUGCAGGACAAACUACCUACUCGUACAUCAGGCCAGAUGCUUUGUUCUUCAGAGUGCAGUCAUUGCCAGGUUUGCUUUAGGCCUAUUAUGCUGGAAUUAUUCUUCAUAAACCCAGGUCAGGUCCCAGAUGGAAGCUAUUAUUGUACCUCUGACUCACUGCAUUUGGUUUUUCUAUCAAUUUGAAGUUAGGGGACACUCACUCCCUGACUAUUUUUCUAGCUGCUUUUCCAUUGACCCUAAAGCAUUUUCCACCAUAAAGACUAAUGUUUGACAUUUUCCAUGGGCAAAUUGAAGUGGGAUUGUUUCAGGAUGGGCUUACGUAUGUAACAACUGUGAGGGUCAGAAAUCGAAAAUGGUCAAGGCAAGAAUAAUUCUUUAAUUCCUUUCAAAAACCGAUUUCGACAGACAGCAGCAAACCAAUGAAAAGAAUGUGAUAGAAAUUAUUUAUUGAAGUCAAAUCUGUUGACUGGUUGUAAAACGAAGUGUUGUGGUGUAAAAUGUGAAAUGUUAAUGUUAUUAUUUGAUCUAGCAGUGUGCUACAUGUAGGCUAAUACAUUACUACAUUUUUGACACUUUCCGCUAAACACCCAAUGAGAUAUAUUUUACUUUUGAAAAUCUCAUCAUUUCACUGUAUAUAAGAAAAACUAAUUAAAUCUGAGAAACCCAUACAGCAGUAAUGCUGUUUAUAUGCAGAGAUUAACUGUGGUGGAAUCUUUUGGGGAAAUGAGCAGUCUAAAUAACAGCAGGAGUUCACAAACACUGCAUUUUUUAUUGAAGGCACCAUUGACAAAUCCUAACCAAAAGAAUUAAUUAUGGAGAAGAGAAUCCAACAGUGGGUGAGACGGGUGUAGUGUGUGCCUCUGUGUGGGUCUUACUGUCUCUAGACUCCAUAAGGCAUAAUCUAUUCUUGCCAGCAAAAGUGUUGUUUUUGUUGUUGUUGUUGUUGUUGUUGUUGACGACUUCUGCGUCUCCAUAGCGGGUUCGUCAGAAUUAGUCCAGAGAAGGCUCUGUCUAAAGUGGUUGAUUUUCACUUCAGAGAUUGUAAGCACAGGCCCUGGUAUGUAAAUUCCAUGCUGCAGAUGCAGCCGCUUGGUCAGGCUGUUUAUUUGGGAUGGCCCCUGUUGGUGGAUGGGACGUGGGCUAGAGGGGGGUGUAACUGUGAUCGAUGAGCGUGCUGCUAGUCUGACAGCAGGACAAGGCCAUUCUGACAGCCAGUGUUUCAAGCAUACUUCAGGCCGAGUCUCCCCCCGUCCUUCCCCUUGCUCACUCUGCACAGGAGGAAGUGGCCCAUUCACCAAGAUAAACACAAUGGCUUUCUCUUUUGGCACUGCACAGCACUUCUUUUUUUUUUUCUUCAAAAAUCACAUUUCAGUUUUGACAGGAGUGUCAUUAAUCAACUAUUCUCUUAAGCUGCAAUGGUGUUCUGUUGCUCUGUGAGGAAUGGCAAAUGAACAUCUGUAAAUUACCCAGUGAAGCUGUUUCUGUGACCUUUCAUUCAGUAAGGUUGUGAAAUACACAACUGCAGAUGAAUUACAAAUCCAAACACUCCCAUUCUCUGAAUUCUUACACUUUUGCGGCCCUGGCUUGACAUCUCUCCUAGUGAAUGUAGCAAUACUAAAACAAUACAACUCCAAGCUGGUAUUUGUAUGUCAGACUGUCUACACACAGACCAUCCACUGAGUUAUUUGGACUGCCUGCAUUCCCUGGGCCCUGUUUUAGGACACAUGCUGCCUAAGCUAGAGUCCUUGGCAGUUGUACUUUGAAGUCAGCGCCGAGCUUUUCUAGCAUUUUGUCUUAGUCGGUGCAGUAGACAGUAAGAUUUCUGCUAUGAUUUGGUUUCUGCAGCUCUGUAGAAAACACAUCUAUUUUUGUCACACUGCACUAUAAACCGCAGUGGAGAGGAUAAUGUUAAUGAUGCUGUAUUAUUUGCUCGUUUUCCAAUCUCCCAUUCCUAAUGAAAGCAUUUGAAAGCUGCAUCUACAAUAUCACAAAAUAGGUACUAAUAUUUUUAAAAGAAUUAUUUUGGUUCUAUUAUCUUUCAAACUAACUACAAUACUUUUAUAGUUCAUAUUAUGUGCAAGAAAGUAGUUGUUAUGUAAGUAAUGUCCGUAUAUCAAACCUGGUACUAAAGGUUUGUUAUUUUGUAAAUGAAUUAACGGUUAGUAUCAGCUGCCAUAAUACCAUAAAUGUUGGUAUAAAAAGAAUUAUCCUCAGGUUUAUAGAUUAUCACACUAACAAUCAUAAAACUGAAAAAGUGCACAAAGCUAAUUGGCUUAAUGUACCUCAGCAGGUAUUCAUUAAUCCAUGGCUAACACUGGCUACAAGGCAGGGACACACCUUCACACCUGGGGUAGCCAGUCUACCUCCUGGUAUGUUUUUGGAAGUGUGUAAACAUCACACAGACAGUAACUUGAGCUCAGAAUAGAACCAGGGACCCUGGAGCUGUGAGGCAGCAAUGCUACCUGCUGUGCCACCAUGCCAUCUCCCAGCAAGUAACUGAGUAUAUUUCCUAAAAAAACACAUCUGUGGAGUGCUCAACCAUCUCAGCUGUAUCCACUAUUGACAGAACAAAAGAUUGGAAAGUUACAGUGUUUAGAUCUAUGGUCUAAUUGUAUUAUCUACAAAAGUCUACAAAAAUCUCUUCAAUCAUUUAAUUUAGGUUUCAUUCUAUCUUAUUCAGGACUUGCUUAUAAAGACAUUUCAAAUGGUCAUUUUUUUUCAAAUUAAUAAAGUGAUGGGGGAUUACUGAGGAGCUCUAAGCACUGUUCAAUUGAGCAUGCUGAAGUAGUAGUUACUAAACAGUAUGCUUUAAGAUGAAUAACUGACUAAUAGCUGAGACUUUAAAGUGUUAAUAGCAGAAUCACUCUGAUAUAUCCUGUAUCGCACACUUGUGGGCUAGGGUAUAUUACUGCCACAGGUACAUAAAAAUGCAACUUGUGGGCCAUGCCUUUGUGGUAUGUAGGACAGACAUUGUCAUUUGUGUCUGUAUAAUGUCAUAGGGUAAAUUUUUAGUCUAAAUUAAUUCUGAAUUUUUUGCAUUCACUUUCUCAAGCAGAGGAGUUGUUACACACACAUCUGUACCUCAAUACUAUUAACCUGGGUCAUGUGGUAUCACAAGUUUUUUUUUAAUAAGAUAUAAAAGCAAUUAAAAACACGUUAAAAUUUGGUGGAAUAGAUUAAAUGCAGUGUAAAGUUUGCAUCCAUCAUUUUCAAAUUGUUCACUGUUUAUUCCAGUGAAUAACAUUUUUAGAGGUCUUUUAGAAUCUUUUUUAUAAAAGAUUCAUGAAUGAAUAUUUGGGACACUGGUGUCCAGGCUGAGUUGAACAGAUUAAUAGCUUUGCUGCGGUGACCUGCAAGUGUUUGUUUAUUUAUUUAUUUAUUUUUUGUAAAUGAGUACACAGUGUCUCUUGUGUGGCUGUGUCCCAUGGGUUCCCUCUGUGUACUUUUUCUGUAUCUGCACCUUGCCAAGUCCCCUGGGAUAGCUCCUAGUGUCCACAUGAUUAAGUGGCCUUACCAGCAACUGUGAGAAGGGCCGGUCCAAGUAAGAGAGAAUUUCAAAAUACCUGCACACUCUCAAUAAGGUUGUUCUUUUCAAUAAAGUUUUGGGUUUUCUUUUUUGAAGGGAAAAUCACACAAACGUCAUCAGCAAAAAUACUCAUACUGUACUAGAUCUAACAACAAUGUUACCUAAUAUCACUUCUAGAUUUGAUAAUUAACUAGCUGACACAUUCAGGGCUAUUUUCAUGAUUAUAGAACACAUGCAAAAAAAAAAAAAAAAACAAGGCAUAAGAAUAGGUGGAUGGACAGAUUUCCAUACAUCUUUUGCUCCACUUACGGUGUUUCUCAUAGGUGGUGUGGAUUUGAACACUAGUUAAAAUAGAAGUUUGUGCGUGACUAGAAGAUGCUUCAUAAAAGCUUUAGUAGUGAGUUUGCCUUUAGAAGCCACACCUGAGUAUUUUUAUUCUUUUACAGAUAAAAUAAUAAAGUCUGUUGUAUUUAGUUGUGUUUGGGUGAAGAAGCCUAUUUAUGUUGAAGUGAGGUGAUAAAUAGUGACUCCAUGAAACCUGGUUUUAAUAAAUGUUAGAAUUUUAAGGAUGAACUUAAAGUCAGGAAUUACCAUUUUAUCCCUCCACCUGCUAUAAGUGGGGGUGUUGGGAGGUGCUAACACACGCUAUCUUUUUUAACCAAAAUGGGUUAAAGAAAUUCCACUGCAUUUGUGACUUUUGAAUGUCACACUCCCUUUGCUCUGCUCCAUCCAAAUCAGGGCAGUGCAUUAAUUUAUGACCACGGAAAUAACAUUUCUUAAACCCAAAAAAACUUGCUUGAACCCAAACUGGUGUUAACCAGCAAAUUACCCUUGCACUCUCACAAAAAUAAAGCCUUCAGCGUUUACCGGAACUGUAUAUUAUGUAUUAUAUUAUGUUUUAUGCAAUUAUUUGUUCAAAACAGUGAACAAAGCAAACAGUAUUUGAUAUUUUGUGUCAUUUCAGGUUUUUUUUUUUUUAGAUUUUAUGACUUUAUGCCUGAAUAAGCCCAAAUAAGAUUUUAAUGUAUCAACACAGUCUUUUAAAUCUUUCAAACUGGCCAACGGAUUCUGUACGAGAACAUAAUGCUCAAUUUCAUUAUAUGAACGUGUCGGACGUCCCUGUUCAUUAACACAGCAAACACACAUCUCACAGAAAAAAGAACUCCACUGUCAGAAGAAAUGCAUUAGGAGGCCAGGUAUGGGUGUUUAAGGAUGUGUUUCUGAUAUUCUGCUUUCAGCUACAGAGGGAGAGAGAAAGAGAGAAAGAGAGAGAGAGAGAGAGAUCCACAUCAUGCCCUUACACUGUAGUGCAGUUCAGCCUGGUUGAGACCUUGCAUCGCUCCAGAGAGGCCGCAAUUUCCACACCCACAGCUUAUUAAAGCGUUUCAGACUUCAGUGCACCUGCACAGCUCCCCAACCUUUUAGCAUGCUCUCUACCUUGAAUGCCAAGCAUAGUAGUGAAUCUUCCAGAGCAGCAAUGCGUAGCAGCUACAAUGGCUACCCGGAAAACACAGCAUUAUAUGGCUUAAGGUGAUGAAAGACAGGAGCCUUGAAUCCAAGUCGAGACACAAGCAGCAAAUUUUUUUUUCAUGAAAGCUGUUCUAUAUUGAUGCUAUCAAGCAGCAUAUAAAGCCCAGACCCUGAGGCAUCGUUGUGCUUUAAUACAGCCAGCAGAUCAGAACUUGUAAUCUAGCUGUGGCGAGAAUCUCGAAACAGGAGCGCUUUGAUAUGUCUGCCACUUAAAGAGGGGACAAAAAAGGAGACCUUUAAAGGUUGUGAGAUGCCUUUGAGAUGAGCAGUGACCUUUCAGGAAGCCUGUUUGAGAGAUAAGUCUUUAAACACAUCCGGCCAGGGCAAGAGACCAUGGAGAUUUGAAAUGCCACUGAGGACAGUCCACUAAGAUUAAUAUACUCUUCAUGUGAAAUUGAGUGGAGGGCAUAUUUUCCAAUACAAAUCUAGCAUAAAGGUAUUUAUCAAAGGGAAUAGAACUCAAUCUGUAUAGUAAAUGAUCCAGUGGUUGCAUUUAAACAAAUACUGAACUUCUUUUUGCAGUUUUUGUUUAUGUGUAUUUAUGUAUUAGGCUUAAAGGAGUGCUUUAUUGUGUGCAUCUCCUAUACAUGAACUCGGCUUUAUUACAAAAGAUAAGUGAUCCUUAUUGCAGAGUAUUUUGGAUAAUGAUAUGCUGUUUUUUUUAUCUCAAUUGACACAAUAGAACUGUGUUGAGCCCCCCAAAAAAUCUGGUGAUGGAAAAUGACAAGCCCAAACCUGUAAUUAUUUGUCUAUCAUCACUGUCUUCUUUUUCUUAGAGCUCGCCAAAAGAACGUCAGUUCUCUGCCAAGGGCUACUCAGUGAAGCUUUGCUGCACACAAUUAAAGCUUAAAGACCAUGCAUAUUUAUUGUUAUGCUCAGGCAUUAGAAUGCUAAAGAAAAGGCUGGCUCUCAGUACAGCAAUAAAACAAAGGCAUCAGAAGCACCUAAUUCCCCCUUAAAGGAGCAAAACCAUUUACAUAGCUGAAAACAGCCCAUAUUACAGAUAAAAUGUAUGUGAAUAAUGUUGUAGAUGUACUUAAUUACUUUGUAGGUGUGUUUAUUCAUUAGUUUGUCUUCAUUACACCACUAUAUCCUGGUCAGGGUCGCAGUGGAUUUAGGGAACACUGGGUGUGAGUUGGGAAUACACCCUGAAUAGGAACGCCAGUCCAUCACAGGGCACCAGGCACACACUCAUUCACAACUACGGGCAAUUUAACAUAGCCAGUCCACCUAGUGACAUGGUUUGGGAGGUGAUAUGAAACCAGAGAACCCAGAGGAAACCCACAUGGUCACAGAGAGAACAUGCAAAACUCCACGCAGGCAGUAAGCCAAGCUCGGGAUCGAACUGCGGACCGCGGAGCUGUGAGACCACAGCUAUAGCAGCUGUCCUACAAUGCUGCCCUUUGUAUGUAUGUUUAUUGCAAAGCAAUGUUGUAGAACAUUAUGGCAUUGAAAGCAAAAGGGAGGGAAUUUGAUUUAUAGUCCAUGUGUCUCAACAAAUUCACACAUUUCAUUUAUUUGCCACACUAAAAGGCACAUCUAUGAAGAUUACUAUGAAUAGUAAAGGUUGGAAAUGACAACUUGCCAUGCUAAAUAAGGACAAACCAAUUAAUAUAUCAAUUUACAUUUAAAUAGAUAGGCAAAUGUAUCUGCUCGCUGUCAUUUGCAUUUCGUUACCAUACAAAUUCCUGUUAGAGACUGGUUGCAUAUGAUUAUAGUAAAAGUUAAUCACCACAUAAAUUAAACAUGUACUUUUAGGCACAAUAAAGCACUGCCUUAUUUGAAUAAUUUUUUUUCUUUAAUUAAUCAAAAUAUCUUCUGUCUUCUGAUUAAGACAUGACAGCCCGUAAAAGUAUUGUGUGUGUGUGUGUGUGUGUGUGUGUGUGUGUGUGUGUGUGUGUGUGUGUGUGUGUUAUGUGACACAAUGCCACUAUCUGUAUCUGUAUCUGUAUCUUUAUCUGUUCUGUGCUCCAAGUAUCUGUGUCUGUAAAUGUAUUCAGAUUUAAUCCAAAGUGGGCAUGGUCAAAACUGGAAGGGGAUUUUUAUUUGUAAUUAAAUUUGAACCCUGCCACUGUGUCCCAGGAAACAAUGGAAAAACACUGGGAAAAACCCAGAGAUAGAAAUGCUAGCCCUGUCAGCAUGGUCUGUGAAUUCUGGCUUUAAUUCUGCAACUUAAGCUACAUCACUCAAGUUCAUUUAUCUCAACUAGGGGUGUGCAUGAGACUUAAUUAAUCUCACUCAUGCAGUUAUUAUUUUUGUUUGUACCUGUCUCUGAUAUUUUCUAAAGAAUUUACUACUUCUAUUUCUCAAUAUGUAAACAAACUAGUGACCUAAUUUAAACCACCACAACCCAGACCAGGCAGUUACUAAGGAUGAAUGAAUGAACAGUGUAAAUGCAUGUUAAUGAACAUAGUACAUAGUGUGUGUGUGUGUGUGUGUGUGUGUGUGUGUGUGUGUGUGAACGUAGUCUGUAUCUGUGAGGUCUGUGUCUUUUUAGAGGAAUAGAAAGUCUAUUUAAUCGUUUAUACAGAGUAAAUUACUAUGCAGUUUAAAGAACAAUGUGCAAAUGGAAAUUACAUCCUGCAGAUCAAAGCUAAUUAUUGCACUAGAGUAUAUGAAGCAUCUGAAAAUUGUCUCCAGGUGUAUGAAGAAUUGGCACUUUUAUUAUUUAUCAUUUUAAUUGAGCUAAUUAUGAUUACUGCUGUUUAGCCUGUAUUUAGGAAAAAUGAAUGCCAGAAGAGGUCCAGAAACACAUCAGUGGAGCAGAGGGGAGUUCAUCCAAAGCCAAUAUUUUUGCUAAGUGAGAUCCAUGGUAAUAAAUAGUCAGCAUUUAUCAUCAUCGCCUGCUCUCAUGUCAUUUGAUGCACUGGGUCACUGAAUCUACAACAGGCUCUAUUUAUGGUUCUGGUUCUGUAAAAUCUAAAUAUGUGUUCAUUUUUCAUAUUAUAUGUAUGUGUCAUUAGUAAAAAGGCCUGAUGUGAGCCUACUUUUUUUUCUCAUUGAGAAGAACAUAUGGAAGCCACAUAGCUGCAUGGGAUUCUGGAUCAACAGGCAAAGUUACAAGGCCCAGUGCUCUCUGACACGGCUUUGUGAUCCUGCACUAAUAAGAGUGGUCAUGGCCUUUGCUAGAUUCAUUGUCCAGGCUGCAGCUUCAGAGGCUGCAUAGGAGCAGAGCAAAAUACCAUGUGUGCACCCAGUAGGGGGACAUUCCUGUAGGCCUGUGAUUUCCUCAGCACAUUCAGCACAUUAAUCCACCGGAAACCCCGCUGUAAUCGCAUUGUCCUCGGCCUUAACUCUUCACCAGUCCCCACUAUCAGUAGGUCACCUUGUGUCAGGUUGGGAUAAGAGCAGUAACAUGUAGCCGAUUCUACCACUUUGUUCAAAUUACAAUGCUGAAGUGGCAAAAAU